AGUGUGCACAAGUUUUGCUUUGAAAGAGCAAAUAUUAAUUAACAACUGACAAUACUAACCAAAAAAUAUGUACUACGUGUACUCAUUAAGAAAUCUACCAGCAGUCUGUUGAAAACAGCCAGAAUAUGUGAUUUAAACAUAAGACCCGCCUCUGAUUAGCCAAAUAGCCAAAUAUAGAUUUUAAUUUUGGGAUUGGCCAAUCAGAUUUCAAGGAGGGCCCAUGCCACCCCUGGUCACCCCCUUUAACACGCCCCUGUCUACAUGGGAAGUAAACUAAUGAGUUUAAUGGGUUCUCCACCUUUUUAUAAAAACAACAUAUUCAUCUACUUAGAAAUGAUGUUGACUUAAACCAGCUAAGUGUGCAUGAGACUACAAAACAGCUGUAUUUGUUGAUGUUUCACGAAUUCAUCACUCUUGCAGUCAACUGGACCAUUGAGAGAGAGGUGGCUCAGUAUGAAGCAAGAGAACUGCCGGGUUUCAUCAACUACAAGACCUUUGAGGACAUGGUCAAAGAGCAGAUCAAACUGCUGGAGGGGCCUGCAGUCCAGAAACUCAAAGAAGUGUCAGAAAUUGUGAAGAAAGAUCUGCAUAAGGUGGCAGAGGACAGCUUUGUUGGAUUUUCUAACCUCACCAAUAUAGCCAAGAGUAACAUUGACUCCAUCAGACAGGAGAAGGAGGUUGAAGCCGAGGCCAUGCUGAGGGCUCAGUUUAAAAUGGAGGCAAGCGUUUACGCUCAGGACACCACAUACAGCAAGAAGCUCGGGAAGAGGAAGAGGGAGGAAGAGCAGGCCUACGCAUCUCCUUUAUGUGUGUUAAAAAGCACAAGCACAGGGGGCGGAGCCACCCUGAAAGAGAUGAUCAGACACAUUCAAUCCUACUAUCAAAUUGCCGGCCAGCGUCUGGCUGAACAGAUCCCCCUGGUGAUCCGCUACCAGAUGCUGCAGCAGACUGCCAUCCAGCUGCAAGACGAGAUGCUGCAGAUGCUUCAGAACAGGCGGAUAACCGAGACCAUGCUUCAAGAAGACCCGCACAUAAAAUCUAAGAGAAUCGACCUUCAGAACCGCCUCAAGCGCCUGUCAAAGGCUCGCUUUCUGUUAACUAAUUAUAUCAUGAACAUAUAAAAUUUCAAAGCAAAAGCAGUGAAACAACAAGAUAGUGCCAUGAAUGGUAGUCCUGUUGGUCCACUGAUCCUUCAUCUGCAAUCAGGUGCAGAGAAACAAGGUGUUGGCCCAGUCAAACACCGAAAAUCAGGAAAACAUCAGCCCAAUGUGCGUUCCGAGGUCAAAAUGGUGUUUUUAUCAGCUGGUUUACCAACUUAACACACAGGUAUGCAAAUCACUCGAGCUUCUGCUAUAUCAGUCCAAAAUCAUCAUUGUCUCCAAAAAAGGAUAAUUAUUUGUCAGCUUAGAAUUGUUUUUAGCUUUGUCUAUUUAUGUGUUAGUACUUUCAAGUUGGGGGAAAAAAUUAGUAAUUUUCUUAUGGCCAAAGAUACAAAUUCUGACUGUAGACUGUAGUGCAUGCCAAAUUUGAACUUUAAGGACCAGUCUUAUUCACAUACCUUAUUUUCUUUGCAGUUUUUACUCUUGACAUUAUUAUUUAUUGAUUUUAUUUGAAGUCUAUUCAAAUGACGGAGUCGUUUUAAAUUGUUAGAAGUUAUAGCCAUAUAUCCGUUUCAUUAUUGUGUGUUUUAAGGUUUUUGGCUGCCUCUGUAAGUCUGAUGUGCGCUUUGACAUUUUAACUUUAACAAUAUUUUCAUAUUCAUAUCUUUGUUCCAUAUUUUGUUAGCUGUGUACAACUUUACGUUUACCCCCCCACACACACACACGGUCCUUUUUCAACAGGCAAACAUCAAACCAGGUGUUGCAGUGAUGGAAGCCAGCAAGCGAACUGGCAAAUUUUAUUUCUAUUUUGUAGUCGAUCUUUGUUCCAACCCUCACCUGUGGACAUGAACUAUAGGUAUUACCUGGAAGAAUGAGGUUGUGGAUACCAUUGGGAAAAAUAAGUUGGCUGAGCUCACCAUUAGAGAUAGGGUGAGACACUCAGACACCCUGGGGAUGCUCAGAGUAGAGUAUUUCUUUAAAUCCAAAAGAGACAAUCAAGGUGGUUCAUCCAAUUACGAUGAACCCGCAUCUAUUGCUUGUUGACCAAACCCUCCCAUGGCCCCAGCCCCGCCUUUUUCAUAUUUUAUCCAUCUAUACUUCUCUUUUUUCUUUAUUUUCCUUAUAUGUAUUUAUGUGUGUAAACGUACAUUUGACUUUCUGUUUGUCUGUUCUGCCCGUGCCUCACACCGCGUAUCCUUCUUUAUAUCAGGGUCCUUGUCAUUUUAACUGUAGUGUAUAGAGGUGCGUGUGUGUUUGUGUGUGUUUGUAUGUGGGGAAUUUGUUUUGAUUUUUCAAACCGUGCAUUCUAACCAAAAUGGACACCACAAAGGUGGAGUGCAAGCCUAUAAAAAAAGGGAAAAGUGGACUUGCAUGCCUGUUACUAAUACUGAGCAUCUUCUUUUUUUUAUUCGUUUGUUUAACGUUGAAUAAAAUCUGUGCAGUUCAUGAGUAAUGUUCAAAGACUAAUGCUUGGAUGCUGUUUGUUUACAUCGAUAUCACUUGUGCAACCCUGUUUGUUUUUGUUUAUUUUUUACCUCUUCAGCAUGUAGCUUGCAUCGGUGUAGAGCAUAUUGAACAACCAUGUAUGUAUUAUAAUGUUGUGACAUCCAUGAGUGUCAUUCAUGAUAAUAAAGAGGCUCUAAUUUGCUCAUAA